GGCGCUGCUUCACCCUUCUCUCGCAACGUUUCGAGCUGAAUAAGUUGUGCUUGGGGGCAUGUGCUGAGACGGUCUGGUGUAAGAGAUGCCCGGGGUGGACGUUGAUAAAUCCGGAGCUGACAACAGAGCCUCUGCUUCUCUCCGUAUGGGCACCGUCUCGUCCGUUCGCUCUAGACCGGGUCCGGGUGAAAGACGGGCCCCGUCCGCAGGUCAGGAGGCUCGGAAAGGCGGAAAGGCGAAAGGAUGUCCCAGUCCCUCCCUGCAAGCAGACCCGGGAAGGGGAAGAGUCUCUAGUUCCCGGGAAACUGCUCUAAGUCGUGGAACAGUAGCCAGCCAGCAAACAGAUUGUGAUUCCCAUGCUUUACUCACAGCGCACUUCUCAUUCAACAAAGAGAACCCAGAUAGACAUCUGGAUGAUGGCAAUGGGGAGGGCAAAUCUCAUGCGGACUUCAGCCCUGCACUUGGAACCAAUGCCCCAGGAAAAUCAGGAGUCAGAAUUUUCACCAUGGACACCUCGCCUGCAGAGAUCAAGGAAUUUGGCUGCAGCUCAUUGGAGUUCUUAAAACCAGACAAUCCUGAGAAAAUGUGGAUUCGCUUGCAAGGAUUACAGAACUAUAAAAACACAUCUCAAAGGCUAAGAUGUCUUGUGAAGCAGCUGGAGAAAGGUGAGAUCAAUGUGACAGACUUAAAAAAGAAUAUAGAAUAUGCAGCAUCAGUGCUGGAAGCAGUUUACAUUGAUGAGACAAGACGUCUCUUGGACACUGAGGACGAACUUAGUGACAUCCAGUCAGACUCUGUCCCAUCAGAGGUUCGAGACUGGCUGGCAUCGACUUUCACAAGGAAGAUGGGAGUGAUGCGAAGAAGGCCAGCGGAAAAGCCCAGAUUCCGCAGCAUUGUUCACGCUGUUCAAGCCGGCAUUUUUGUAGAAAGGAUGUACAGAAGGACGUCAAACAUGGUAGGACUGACUUAUCCAGCAGCAGUGAUAUCUGCUUUAAAGGAUAUUGAUAAAUGGUCAUUUAAUGUGUUCGCCCUUAAUGAUGCCAGUGGAGACCAUGCACUGAAGUUCAUGGUGCACGAACUAUUCACCCGAUAUGACCUUAUCAAUCGCUUCAGGAUCCCUGUAUCUUCACUAAUGUCUUUUGUUGAAGCCCUGGAGGCAGGUUACAGCAAGUACAAGAAUCCUUACCAUAACUUAAUUCAUGCAGCAGAUGUGGCCCAAACUGUGCAUUAUCUAAUGCUCCAUACUGGCAUAAUGCACUGGUUUACAGAACUGGAUAUUCUAGCCAUGCUCUUUGCUGCUGCCAUUCAUGACUAUGAGCAUACAGGGACCACAAAUAACUUCCACAUUCAAACCAGAUCAGGUGUAGCUAUUUUGUACAAUGAUCGAUCUGUUCUUGAAAACUAUCAUGUGAGUGCUGCCUACCGAUUGAUGCAAGAAGAGGAAAUGAAUAUCAUGUGCAAUUUAUCGAAAGAUGAUUGGAGGGAUCUGCGUUCUCUGGUGAUAGAAAUGGUUUUAUCGACCGACAUGUCUUGUCAUUUCCAACAAAUCAAGUCCAUGAGAAAUACUUUGCAGCAGCCUGAAGGGACUGACAAAGCUAAAGUCAUGUCAUUAAUGCUGCAUGCUGCAGAUAUAAGUCAUCCUGCAAAAUCCUGGCAACAGCACUACCGCUGGACAAUGACAUUGAUGGAAGAAUUCUUUAGACAGGGUGACAGUGAGGCAGACUUAGGUUUACCGUUUUCUCCACUUUGUGAUCGAAAAUCCACAAUGGUAGCGCAGUCUCAGAUUGGUUUUAUUGAUUUUAUUGUGGAACCAACCUUCUCUGUUCUGACAGAUAUCGCAGAAAAAAUAAUAACACCUCUUAUAGAGGAAGCUUCUCAACCUGAGACUGACUUUCAACGGCAAAGUCUUACCAAUAUCGGAGUAGGAAGCACUCCAGAAUCAACCAGAAGGCACAGUGUAAGGAGUGUUCCAUCAGAUGGAGGCUGUUCCACAGAGUAUUCCGUGUCUACUGUGGACCUUAAAUGCUUUAAGUUGAACUGGAUGGACAUAAUUCAGCAAAACAAAGAGAAAUGGAAAGAGCUGGCAAUUCAAGAAGAAAAAAUGAGACAGAAUACAGAACAAAAUCAGGAUGAUGACCACCACAAGAACAACAAUGAGAGCCUAAUAGCAGCAGAUGAUAAAAUAAGUGUGGGAUGUGACAAAGAGAUCCUGGAAAGAAAUACUUCUCCAUCCAAGUCACUUGUCAACCAAGCUUGCCAGCUUUCAACAGCUGCCAAUAACCCAAUUCUGCAAAAACAUCUCCACACUGCCAGCUGUGAUUCUGCAAGCUGGGAACAUGAUGCUAAUCCAGCAGAGACUCUGAUUCAACAUGGACCACCAUGGAAUGGAGAGAUGAAACACAUUAAGAACUCGGAGGACUCGAUGAAUAACAGCAAAGCUAAAGAGAUACUGGAGCAUAAAGCUACUUUUAUACGCAACUAGUUCAGAAAAACUUCCAAGAAUACAGCCCUACAUGGAGAACGAG